CGCAGACCAGAAUUAACGACAAAACCCAGUAGCAAUCAAUUUCCAGCAGACAUACAACAAAAUAUAAAACGCGCUGUAUCAAGCAGGCAGAUCGCUCUAAGUCACGAAAACAACGCGCUUUCAUCCACGCGUAAAUUCGCGACCAACUCAACAUACUCUUCUCAGCUACUAUUAUCAGUGAACACUGUUUCCUAUAGUUCGAUUUCAAGUAUCAUCAGCGAUGGAUUCCAAAAAGAGAAAGUCGACCGCGUCACCCUCCACAAGCAAAGCUCCAUCGAAGAGGCGACAGAACGCGCAUCGUCAAGGCAAAGCAGUUCCUACAUCGGCCUCUACCAACUUGCCGGUCGCGCAGGCCGUUGAACCGGCAAAGCACUCUUCCCAAACGCGUGUUAUUAAGCAACCAAAAUCCAGGAAGAAGCCUCAGAAAGUUAAAGAACCAGUUGCGACACAGGCUAUCAAUGUGUUCCGACGAGGUCGAGGUCGAGAUCCAAGGUUCAACAGCCGCCCAACGAGUCGUCAGGAUGUCCAGUUGCGGUUCUCAUUCAGCAACUCUCCCUCCAAUGAUAAACAUGCUAUGAAACCAUUGAAGACUCAUCACCGUACACCAUCCAAGCGAAAAGUCCCCACAGAUCCCGCCGGUUCCUCUUUGCCUCCCAAAAAGUCACCAGCACGGCCUCAUGGAACAGUAGCGCCAGAUGCAGCGCUAACCUCCACUUUCACCGGACUUCUCGUCACAGCCGACAAAGAUAAUAUUACCAAGCACACGCAACAAGUACCCCUCAAAGCACCCCACGACUCACCCCCCACCACCACGGAAACACAUGGCAUCCCCGACCCCUCCGUCUUCACCAGACCGUCUAAAAGCCGCGAGGGCUACGGCUUCAGCUACUCCGAAUCUCUCUGGUGCGACUCGGACGAGUACCCCGACACGGAAUGCGACUGGGACGCUUCGGACACGGAAUCCGACGACAUGGACCCUGAUUCCGGACCCCCCAUCUUCAUUGAGCCAAACAGCUCUUUCGACGACAUGGUCGUGAUGCGCGACGUGGGCUCCUUCCACAUCGCCAAGCCCCAGAAAGCACUGCCCUGCACCCAAGCCACACGCGAGGACACGAUCCGCUUGAAGAUGCAGGCCAAGGUUCUGUUCAAGUGGCGCGAGAGCGGGGACGUGUAUGCGCAACUCACCAGCAGGUUGGAACGCAUGAUUUACGGGGAGAUGGAGAAGCUGGAGCGUGGUGUGGAGGGUAGUGGAGAGAGCUUAGCUAGCGGGAAGACGUACCAGAUGCCCAGUAUGACGGACUGUGCGGUUAGGUUGCGCGACUUCUUGCUGCGGAUUAGGGAUGAGCGUGUGGAGACUGGGGAGAGUCGACGGUUUGUCGAGCAUGAGAUUGAGUGGGUUGGGUGGCUGGUUGAGGCGAGUCGCGUGGGGGUCAUGCAUUUGAAGACUGUGGGGUGUAGGUGUCGGCCGGAUUGGGAGGAGGAGUAGCGGUAGAGAUGGGGAUGUAGGUCUUUAGUGGACUUUGGUGGGGUGGUAGAAAUGAGUGUAUUCACUACGGCUGUUUUGAGGGUCCGGAAUGACGGCUGGCUGCAUAUGCGAAAGACUAGUGAACGGGGUAUGCAGAUCUCCCGCCUGCUAUAACCCUCUUCUAUCAUUGGUCGGCGAUGGUCUUGAUAUCAAUCGAAGUGCACUUACAUGCUUCUACUCCA